UCACUGUUAUGGUCCUGUCAGGGCGCCGGCGUCGUGGUUUCUGGGCGGCCGCCACCGAGAGGACUUUGGUGGGGGACCCUCAGGGGCAGCCCCGCGGCCAGCUGCGCUCGUCUCCAGCCUCGUUCCCAGCCUACAUAUCUCGGCUCGCGGGUCGCGCCGUCGGGCGCGCGUGCGGAUUGGCGCCGCGGCCGCCUCGGGGCCUGAGCCCAUCCACAGCCUUCUCCUCCGCCGCGGGCUCGGAGGGGCCGCGAGAUGCAGCCGCCGGGCCCUCCCCCGGCGUAUUCCCCCACUAACGGGGACUUCACCUUUGUCUCCUCAGCAGACGCGGAAGAUCUCAGUGGUUCAAUAGCAUCCCCAGAUGUCAAGUUAAACCUUGGUGGAGAUUUUAUCAAAGAGUCUACAGCUACUACAUUUCUGAGACAAAGAGGAUAUGGCUGGCUUUUGGAAGUUGAAGAUGAUGACCCUGAAGAUAACAAGCCACUCUUGGAAGAAUUGGAUAUCGACCUAAAGGAUAUUUACUACAAAAUUCGAUGUGUUUUGAUGCCAAUGCCAUCACUUGGUUUUAAUAGGCAAGUGGUGAGAGACAAUCCUGACUUUUGGGGUCCUCUGGCUGUUGUUCUUUUCUUUUCCAUGAUAUCAUUAUAUGGACAGUUUAGGGUGGUCUCAUGGAUUAUAACCAUUUGGAUAUUUGGUUCAUUAACAAUUUUCUUACUGGCCAGAGUUCUUGGUGGAGAAGUUGCAUAUGGCCAAGUUCUUGGAGUUAUAGGAUAUUCAUUACUUCCUCUCAUUGUAAUAGCCCCUAUACUUUUGGUGGUUGGAUCAUUUGAAGUGGUGUCUACACUUAUAAAACUCUUUGGUGUGUUUUGGGCUGCCUACAGUGCUGCUUCAUUGUUAGUGGGUGAAGAAUUCAAGACCAAAAAGCCUCUCCUGAUUUAUCCAAUCUUUUUAUUAUACAUUUAUUUUUUGUCCUUAUAUACUGGGGUGUGAUCUGAGUCAUGUAUGAGUAGAAAAAGACAAUGUUACCUUUCUGUGUAGGCUGGGAAUUCUUGCUUGAGGGGAUUGAAAAAAAUGUAUUGCUGGUAAAAUUUUACAUGUUCCAGAUGUAAAGGCAGUCUAAGGUCUUUUUAAAACAAUAUUUUUUUUUGUAUUUAAUUAAGCAAUUGCAGUUACCUGAAUAUUUUUGGUCAGAAUUCUGAAUUCUGUUUGAUUCAUCAUAUUCCAGUGAAUAAAAUAUAAAAGCAUUGUGUUUUUAA